AUGGCUCUCCUCAUCAGGUCGAGGCUGGCAAUCGCUGCCCUCGCCGUUCUUUCAUGGAUAAUACCAGCAGCCAGCGCCCAGAGCGCCGCGGACUACUUUGUCCAUGCGCUCCCCGGCGCUCCCGCCACCCCUUUCAUCAAGAUGCAUGCUGGACACAUCGAAGUCACACCGGAGCACAAUGGAAACUUGUUCUUCUGGCACUACCAGAACCAGCACAUCGCAAACAAGCAGCGCACGGUCCUCUGGCUCAACGGCGGACCCGGAUGUAGCUCCGAGGACGGCGGCCUCAUGGAGAUUGGACCAUACAGGCUGAAGGACGAGAACACGCUGGUGCUGAACGAUGGGUCGUGGCACGAGUUCGCAAACCUGCUCUUUGUCGACAACCCGGUCGGCACCGGUUUCAGCUACGUUGAUACCGAUUCCUACGUCCACGAGCUCGAUGAGAUGGCAGACCAGAUGGUGGUCUUCCUCGAAAAGUUCUUUGCGCUGUUUCCAGAAUACGAACAAGACGACCUUUACAUCGCAGGCGAGUCCUACGCUGGACAGCACAUACCUUACAUAGCGAAACACAUCCUCGAGCGGAACAAGAAGGCAGGCAUCACACACAAGUGGAAGCUUGGGGGUCUCUUGAUCGGCAACGGCUGGAUCUCGCCUCAGGACCAGUACCAGGCAUACAUCGACUUUGCCUACGAGAAGGAGCUCAUCAAGAAGGGCAGCGACGCGGCUAGAAAGGUUGAGUCCCAGCUCCGCAUCUGCGAAAAGGACCUCUCGAUCGAUGGAAACAAGGUCGACUACAUGAAUUGCGAGUCCAUCCUCCAGGAAAUCUUGUCCGAGACGUCGACCACCGGUGCCUCGGGCAAGAAAGAGUGUUACAACAUGUACGAUGUGCGCCUCAAGGACACGUACCCCAGCUGUGGCAUGAACUGGCCGCCAGAUCUCAAGUCCGUCACGCCGUACCUCCGCCGCAAGGAAGUCACCGAGGCGCUGCACAUCAACCCGGCCAAGAACACGGGCUGGACCGAGUGCUCCGGCGCCGUGAGCGGCAACUUCCGCGCCUCCAACUCGCGGCCAUCUGUGCAGAUCCUGCCCGAACUGCUUGCCGAAGUCCCCGUGCUCCUCUUCUCGGGCGCCGAGGAUCUUAUCUGCAACCAUCUGGGCACUGAGGCCCUUAUCGGCAACAUGAAGUGGAACGGUGGCAAGGGCUUCGAGCUGUCGCCUGGCACCUGGGCCCCCCGCAGGGAGUGGACGUUCGAGGGCGAGGUCGCCGGCUUCUGGCAGUCCGCCCGCAACCUGACCUACGUGCUCUUCUACAACUCGUCCCACAUGGUCCCCUUCGACGUCGCCCGGCGCUCCCGUGACAUGCUUGACCGCUUCAUGGGCGUCGACAUCUCCUCCAUCGGCGGCAAGCCCAUGGACUCUUUCCUCGACGGUGAGAGGCUCCCCGACACCACCGUCGGCGGCCAGGCCGGCAACUCUACCGCCGCCCAGGAGGCCGAGCAGGAGAAGCUCGACGCCGCCAAGUGGGAGGCCUACCAGCGCUCUGGCGAGGUCAUCCUCGUUAUCGUCUCCGUCGCUGCUGCCGCCUGGGGCUACUGGGUCUGGAAAGAGAGGCGCAAGAGGCGCGGCUAUCUCGGCCUUGCCCAGGGCUCUACCUCCCUGCUCUCCACCGCCCAGCGGAGGGACUUCCGGGGCCGCGGGGGCGUCGCCACCAACGGCGGUCGCGACCUCGAGGCCGCCGACUUUGACGAGGCUGAGCUCGAUGAUCUGCACGUCGAGUCACCCACCGUCGAGGGCCACGAGGAGGGCGUCAUGGGUGGUGGCCGCGGCGAGGGGCGGUACAGCCUCGGCGACGAUAGUGACGAGGAUUCAGGCACGGGGGCAAAGAAGGAGGCUAAUGGUGGAAAGCACUGAGAAACAAAUUGAUCAUGCGAGGGAGGAUUGAGUGAGUUUCAUACUGGACUCCCCUACACACCCCCCUCCAUCUCUUUUUUUCUUCUGUGUCUUCCUCCAGGAAUGGCGUAUGUGUAUGUCUUGUGGGUGUGGGCAUGGUGUGCUUUGGCAUUGAAACUACUAUCAAAACCACUAAAUUAAACUUCCAUGUGCUUGGAGUGACCACACGGGCAUCAUACAGGCGGCAGAGUACGGGGCGAGAAAGCUCGCGGGUUUGCUUGGUUAAGGUCAGGUCACGGCGUACAGCGUUUUGUUACACACACUCGGCUAGGUUGAUUGGUUCUCUUUUCAAUUAAGAGCUGUAUUCUC